AUGUCUACAUUUAAUGCUAAAGAAUUUUGUGAAAAUCCUACACUUGAACAAUUAGCCGAACCUAUUAAGAAAGAUGAUUGGCGCUUUAUUGCCCAAUACUUCUCGGUACCUCAUUCGGGUUCAGCAACUAAGAAAGUAAUUAAGGAACUAGUAUUAGAAAAUCUAAUUCAAAGAGAAUUCCUUCCCUCUGAAGCCACUGAUUCUUUAACCCCUUGCCGACGGUCCAUUCUUGAUGCUUAUGCAAUCACACCUGACGGCUACAGACAAAAGUUUCGAAGUCUUACUAAGUCUCCCCAUGGUACCUUUGCUGAAUUUUUUACUGAGAAGGCUAGAUUGUUUAACAAAUGGCUAGAUUCAACUUCAACAAAAUCUUUCUCACAAUUAAAAGAACUUCUUAUUUUAGAAGAAGUAAAAAGAAAGUUACCCUUCGAUAUCCUUAAGCAUAUAGAAGAUAGGGGUGAAACCGAUCUCCUUAAAGCAGCACAAAUAGCUGAUUCAUUUGCGCUUUUGAAAAGGUCACAGCUGGGUAAGGUAGACAAGGUUAGAUUUUAUGUACAGUCCUCCUCUGGUGAAAACCUUGGGAAUGGUGGUGGUAAAGCUGGCAAAAUUGCACCAUUAAACUUUUGUUCUUAUUGCAAGCGAGCAGGUCAUACCAUAGACAAGUGCAAAGACCCAAAGUGUAGAAAGUCUGGCAUAAAUGUAAGACCAUUCAUAAGUCCAAGCAUCCAAGCUUUUGAACCAAAACCAGUGGCAAGUGUGACAAAUGUAAACUCUCCAGAUCCAUUCAGUGAUUUUAAAUAUCGGGGAACUAUCCCAUACUCAUCCUUAGGAACACUGGAGCUGCUCAAAAUAGCUGUGACAGAAAAUAAUUUUACAAUAGAGGGAAUCAGUUUAAUUCUUGGACAUGAUCUAGCAGGGAAAUUAGUGUACCCUACAAUUAAUGUUGUUGCUAAGCCUUUAACCUAUAGCCCAACUAAAGAACUGGAUCAGAAACAACCUCAUAUUUCCCCUGUGUGUGCUGUUACUCGUUCUAAGCUAUAUAAGAAAUCUUCCUUAGAAAAAGAAAAUCCAGUUGAUAAUUUGAUCUCACAAGAGAUCACACGAAGUAAAUUAAUUGCAGCUCAAAACGAUGACCCCUCUCUUGCUAAAUGCAGACAUGUUGCCUUAGACAGUCUUAAAGAUCAAAAGGUCCCUGGUUUUUAUUAUCAUGACGGACUAUUAAUGAGAGUAUUCCGUCCUCCUGAACUCUGUGCUUUAGAUACAUGGUCAGAAGUACAUCAAGUUGUAAUUCCGUUGUCAGUUCGGAAAUCAGUCAUGACACUUGCACAUGAUGGUUUAGCAGGUCAUUUAGGUAUUCAAAAAACUUACAAGAAAAUACUUCAAAAUUUCUAUUGGCCAGGUAUGAAGAAAGAUGUUACAAUAUUUAUCAGGUCUUGCCAUGUGUGUCAAGUUGGGGGAAAACCCAAUCAAAUAAUUCCAAGAGCUCCUUUACAUCCUAUUCGAGUAGACUCGGAUCCAUUUGAAAGAAUUGUAAUUGACUGUGUAGGACCACUGCCUAAAACAAAGAAAGGGAACCAUUAUCUCUUUACAAUUAUGGAUACUGCUACAAGAUAUCCAGAGGUUUACCCUUUAAAUAAUAUUUCUGCUAAUUCCAUUGUAAAAUGUCUACUUCAUUUUUUCACUUCAUUUGGAAUCCCUAAAGAGAUUCAAUGUGACAAAGGCAGUAAUUUCACAAGUGACUUGUUUCAAAAAGUCUUAGAACUGUUAGGUAUCUCGCAACAAAUGUCAACAGCUUAUCAUCCCCAAUCACAAGGUUGCCUUGAAAGAUUUCACCAGACCUUAAAAUCUAUGCUUAAAAAGUAUUGCUUAGAAACAGGGAAUUCCUGGGAUGAGAACAUUCAUUUUCUUCUGUUUGCCCUGAGGGAAUGUCCACAAGAAUCACUUGGAUAUUCUCCAUUUGAAUUACUAUAUGGAAGACAGAUUAGAGGUCCACUUAAAGUUCUUAAAGAUCAGUGGUUUUCAGACUCUUCAGCUCCCCCUAAUCAAACAGUGGCAUCUUACAUAGAUAAUCUUAGAGCUAAGUUAUCAGAGGCAAGAAAAUUGGCUCUCUCUAAUCUUCAUAACGUUCAAAUCAAAAUGAAGUCUUCUCAUGAUUUAAAAUCUCAAACUCGAGUAUUCUCUCCAGGAGACAAGGUUUUACUGUUCCUUCCAAUUCCAGGAAACCCUCUAAAGAGCAAAUUCAUUGGGCCUUAUGUUGUUUCUCAUAAAGUUUCUGAUUACAAUUAUGUAGUUCAAACUCCUGAUAGACGUAAAGAUACCCAGUUGGUACAUAUCAACUUAAUCAAAUCGUAUAUUGACAGGCAGCCAAAGGAGGACUUUGCCAAAGGCAAAUCUAUUGCAUGUAUGAUUCCUCAGGAAUCUCCCAUAACUUCUAUGUCUAACGAGUAUAUUGAGGAGACUGAUUACAUAGAAAUCCCAGGUCCUCAUAAUCCACAUAACUCUGAGAUAAUAGCUAAUCUUCAUAAAUAUUUAACUUACUUGCCUGCUUCAAAGUUAAAUGAUGUAUAUCUAAUACUGAAAGAUUUUCCUCAGGUAACAGCUGAUAACCCAGGGUUUUGUGGCCAUACUCUACAUGAUGUUGAACUCACUCCCGAGGUAAGACCCAUUAGGCAAAGUUCAUAUAGACUCAGUCCAGAGAAGAAAGCUGUUAUGAAGAAGGAAGUAGAUUAUCUACUUGAUCAUGGUUUAGCUGAACCAAGUAACUCUCCAUGGGCUUCACCCUCACUGCUAGUGCCAAAAUCUGACGGUACCAGUAGAUUAUGUACAGACUACCGAAAGUUAAAUAAAGUAACUAUACCUGACUCCUAUCCUCUUCCUUUAAUUGAAGAACUUGUAGACUCAAUAGGACAAGCCAAAUUCAUAACCAAAAUUGAUAUGCAGAAAGGUUACUAUCAAAUAGGAUUAACAGAUAAUGCUAAAAUCAUAUCUGCUUUUAUAACUCCUUUUGGUUUGUAUAAUUAUACAGUAAUGCCUUUUGGGAUGUGUAAUGCACCAGCCACCUUUCAACGAGCAAUCAAUUAUACCAUUCAGGGUCUUGAAGGUGUUAAAUCUUAUUUAGAUGAUUUACUUGUAAUCUCCGACUCAUGGGAUGUUCAUAUCCGUAGGCUACGCUCUCUGUUCUCCCGCUUAGACGAAGCUGGAUUCACCAUCAACUUGGCCAAAUCUACUUUCUGCAGUGCCUCCGUGACCUACUUGGGACAUAUCGUGGGUCAGGGACGAACGUUGCCCAAACAGGCAAACGUAGAAGCAAUCCAGGCAUACCCCACUCCAACAACUCGGAAAUCUCUCAUGAGGUUUUUGGGCAUGGUGGGAUUCUACAGACGCUUCUGCAGUAACUUCUCGUCUAUAGCUACGCCUCUAACGGAUAUGACCAGCUCUAAGUGUACAUUCCAGUGGACUUCCGAGUGCGCUGAAGCUUUUGAUAAACUGAAGAUCUUCAUUUCUUCGGAACCGGUGCUGAGAACUCCCGAUUACUCUCGUCCUUUCAGUCUGCAGAUUGACGCUAGUGGCCAUGGUGUUGGAGCAGUGCUACUACAAGAGGAUGAAGAUACUCGGAUGAUGCAUCCAGUUUCAUACUUCUCGGCAAAGCUGAAAAAACAUCAAACACAAUACUCUACUAUAGAACGUGAGGCUUUAAGUUUGGUAUUAGCCCUGAAAAAGUCCGACUGCUACCUCCAUAGCCAUCAGCCUGUGGUGGUGUAUACAGACCACAACCCUCUAGUGUUCAUACAUCGGAUGCAGAAUCAAAAUCAACGCAUUCUUCGAUGGUCUCUUCUACUUCAACAGUACAACCUCGUCGUCAAAUAUAUCAAGGGAGUAGAUAACGUCAUCGCUGACAAUCUGUCAAGAGAAUUUCCAACGUCGGAAGAUUCCGCCGACGACCUCCUCGUUCGUCAGAGCUACCGAGGAUUUAAAGGGGGAGGUGCUACAACUGCCGCCAUUCCAGAUAAGAGGCAGAAACUGAAGCAGGUUACUGGUCUCUACAUUAGCUAUGAAUAG